UGUUUUCAGUCCCGCAUGAGAUUCUUGUGUGUGUGUUAUCUCACAGUCAGUGUUACUGGUUUCCCUCUCAGACUGACUGAAGUCCAGAAGAUGAAUGAUGUGGAGGAAGACGAGGACGGAGCAGAGCCUCCUGUACCCAGCUGUCUGUCUAUGAAGAGUGACCGGUUAGAAGGAAAUCCUCCAUGCUUCAGUGAUGAACCUGGACCCUCAGACACACAGAAGAGGAAGAGGAGGAGCCAUGUCUCUGUGUCCAGCUGUGCUCUGUGUCAGUACAUCCUGAAGGAUCCAGUCUCUACCAGCUGUGGACACUGGUUCUGCAGACAGUGCUUCACCUCAUACUGGGACCAGUCUGGUUCUCCAGGAGACUCCUCCUGUCCCCAGUGUGGACAAAGAUCCAGAACAAGACCUGGACUGCAGACAGCCAGUCAGACCAGCACUGAACAAACAGAUAGUGGUCUGCAGGAGGUUUUACAUCAACAUAAGAUCAGUCUGAGGAGCAGAUGUGAACGUGUGACUGAAGGAACUGAUGGAACAGGAAGUGGAACCCUCCUCAACAGGAUCUACACUGAGCUCUACAUCACAGAGGGACAGAGUGAAGAGGUUAAUACCCAACAUGAGGUGAUUCACCUGGAGACAACUUCCAAGAUGGAGACCCUCUAUGAUGCUCCAAUCGGGUGCCACGACAUCUUUAAAGUCUCAGCUGACCAGCAGAGACCCAUCCGAGUGGUUCUGACCAACGGCGUCGCUGGCGUUGGAAAAACCUUCUCGGUGCAGAAGUUCUCUCUGGACUGGGCAGAGGGCUUGGAGAACCAAGAUGUCAGUCUGCUGGUUCUGCUUUCGUUCAGGGAGCUGAACCUGAUCAGAGAUCAGCAGUACAGUCUUCUCAGGCUGCUCCAUGUUUUCCAUCCAACAUUACAGAAGGUCACAGCAGAGCAGCUCGCUGUCUGUAAAGUUCUGUUCAUCUUUGACGGCCUGGAUGAAAGCAGACUGUCACUGGAUUUCAACAACAGGAAGUCUGUGUCUGAUGUCACACAGGAGUCAUCAGUCAACGUGCUGCUGACAAACCUCAUCAGGGGGAAUCUGCUUCCCUCGGCUCUCGUCUGGAUAACUUCCAGACCUGCGGCGGCCAAUCAGAUCCCUCCUACAUGUGUGGACAGGGUAACAGAAGUACGAGGCUUCACUGACGCCCAGAAGGAGGAGUACUUCAGGAGGAGAUCCAGUGAUGAAGAGCUGUCCAGCAGAAUCAUCUCACACAUCAAGACGUCCAGGAGCCUCCACAUCAUGUGUCAAGUCCCAGUCUUCUGCUGGAUCACUGCUACAGUUCUGGAGCACAUGUUGACCACAGACCAGAGAGGAGAGCCGCCCCAGACCCUGACUGACCUGUUCUCACACUUCCUGCUGGUUCAGACACAGAGGAAGAAGAACAAGUACCAUGAGGGACGUGAGACGAGUCCACAGGAGCUGACGGAGGCUGACGGGGAAGUUCUUCUGAAGCUGGGGAGGCUGGCGUUUGAACAUCUGGAGAAAGGAAACAUCAUGUUCUACCAAGAAGACCUGGAGCAGUGUGGUCUUGAUGUCACAGAGGCCUCGGUGUACUCAGGACUUUGUACUGAGAUCUUCAGAAGAGAGAGUGUGAUCUUCCAGAAAACAGUCUACUGCUUUGUUCAUCUGAGCGUUCAGGAGUUUCUGGCUGCAGUCUACAUGUUCCACUGUUACACCAACAGGAAGACAGAGGUCCUGAAGGACUUUCUGGGAAAAGACUAUAAACACUCAUCCCUGGAUGUCUUCCUGGGGGCAGCCAUGGAGAAAUCCCUCCAAAGUAGAAACGGUCACCUGGACCUGUUUGUUCGCUUCCUUCAUGGCCUCUCUCUGGAGUCCAACCAGAGACUCUUAGGAGGUCUGCUGGGUCAGACAGAGAACGAUCCAGAAACCAUCCAGAGAGCCAUCAACAACCUGAAGGAGAUGAGCAGAGAUGAUAUCUCUCCUGACAGAAGCAUCAACAUCUUCCACUGUCUGAUGGAGAUGAAGGAUCACUCAGUUCAUCAGGAGAUCCAAGAGUUCCUGAAGUCAGAGAACAGAUCAGAGAAGAAACUCUCUGUGAUCCACUGCUCAGCUCUGGCCUAUGUGCUGCAGAUGUCAGAGGAGGUUCUGGAUGAGUUGGACCUGAAGGAGUUCAACACAUCAGAGGAGGGACGACAGAGACUGAUCCCAGCUGUGAGGAACUGCAGGAAGGCUCGAAUUUUUGCACAUGAGCUCUCGGAGACCUCCUGUUCCUGUCUGGCCUCAGCUCUGAAGUCCAAACGCUCCCAUCUGGGAGAACUGGACCUGAGUGGAAACAAACUGCAGGAUCCAGGAGUGGAGAUCCUGUGUGGUGGAUUGGCGAGUCCAAACUGUAGACUGGAGACUCUGAGAUUAUCAGACUGCAGUUUGUCAGAGAUCAGCUGUUCUUCUCUGGCCUCAGCUCUGAAGUCCAACCCCUCCCACCUGAGACACCUGGACCUGAGUGAAAACAAGCUGAAGGAUCCAGGAGUGAAGCAGCUGUGUGGUUUUCUGGAGAGUCCAGACUGUGGACUGGAGACUCUGAGGUUGGAGCGCUGCAGUUUGUCACAGACCAGUUGUUCUUCUCUGGCCUCAGCUCUGAAGUCCAACCCCUCCCAUCUGAGAGAACUGGACCUGAAUGGAAACAAGCUGCAGGAUACAGGAGUGAAGCAUCUGUGUGGUUUUCUGAAGAGUCCAGACUGUCGACUGAAGACACUGAGAUUGAUGCACUGCGGUUUGUCAGAGAUCAGCUGUGCUUCUCUGGCCUCGGCUCUGAUGUCCAACCCCUUCCACCUGAGACAACUGCACCUGAGUGAAAACUGGGGCCUGCAGGAUUCAGGAGUGAAGAAGUUGUGUGAUUUUCUGGGGAGUACGGGCUGUAGACUGGAGACUCUGAGGUUGAUGAACUGCAGUUUGUCAGAGAUCAGCUGUUCUUCUCUGGCUGCAGCUCUGAAGUCCAACCCCUCCCACCUGAGAGAACUUCAGCUGAGUCUCAACAAACUGCAGGAUUCAGGAGUGAAGGAGCUGCGUGGUUUUCUUAAGAAUCCAGACUGUAGACUGGAGAUUCUGAGGUCCAAGACGGGAAAUAUCAGCAGAGGACAGGCUAUUUGAUGCUCGGCCAGAGUUCAUUAAAAGAGUGACUGAACCUGUUCUAAACAGCCUCCUGGAUAUCCUUUUAAAGCAUCAGGUUAUAAAUGAUAGUGAAAUGCCGUUACCUGGACAAAAAAGAGAUGAAAGGGCA